AUGGCCAUCGCGCCCGAGCCGUUCCCCGUCGUCGCCUCGCCGUACACGGCCGCCCGCCGCGCCUGGCCGCGCACCGCGCCGCCGUUGCCUCCCACCGGCGUUGGCCUCUGGCUUCACCCCGCACCCUCGCCCCCGUACGCGCCCGUGGCCGCGCGUGGCCGCCUCUGCCCGUCCCCUACUGCGGCUCUGCUCCGGCCAAGCCGCCGCACGCCGUCGCUCGCCCCCGCCUCCGCCUGCCGCGGCCGGCUGGCGAUCCUCGCCUCGCCGCGCCCCGACGGCCUUCGUCCGCCGAGCCCCCUCGCCAGUCCCGUUCGGGCGGACGCCCGACGCCCGGCGCCCGUUGCGCCCGAACCACCUUGGCCUAUGGGCCAAUGA